ACUUUGUAAUAUUCAAUGCUGUUGGAAAAAACAAUUUCUUUUUUUGCAGAAAAGCCUGCCAUUGCUCCACCCGUCUUUGUGUUUCAGAAGGAUAAAGCACAGAAGUCCCCUGCAGAGCAAAAAGGUUUGUCGGAUUCAGGCGAGGACCCACAGGGAGAGGCUGAGUCCCCCCACGGUGGUAUGGGUCACACAGAAUCAGCUGGUGAGCGCGACUUUGAGCUUCCUGCUCCCGCUGUUGCCUCAGUCAGUACUCUGAUUCCUGCUUCUGAAGCCCAGCUUGCUCCUAUUCAACAAGAACUGGCAGGGAGGUCAGCAGAUGGGUCAAGUCCAGAAGAUGGAGAAGAAUCUGACCGUGAGGAUGGGAGUUACUGUCCUCCUGUAAAACGUGAAAGAACUUCAUCUUUAACACAGUUCCCUCCUUCACAGACAGUAACAAAGAACAAUGUCUUUAUGCCAUCAAGCUUCUGUGAACCUUCUGCAGGAAAUUCUGACUCAGAACCAGAGGAAAAGAGCAGUGGAUUCCGGCUGAAACCACCAACACUUAUCCAUGGCCAGGCACCCAGCGCAGGUCUCCCAAGCCAGAAACCUAAGGAACAGCAACGAAGUGUACUACGCCCAGCAGUUUUACAAGCACCACAGCCUAAGGCUUUUUCACAAAUGGUUCCCAGCAGUGGGACCAAUGGUGUAAACAUCCCACCAGACUCUGCAGUGGCAGCCACAUCAGAAUCAUUAAGUAACACAACACAGAAAGUUUCUGACGCUGAAGACCAGGUGAGAGAAUGUCAGAAAAAUGAGUCUAACAAUACUUCAGAGGAUGAAAACGGCGAGAAGUCAGAGCACAAUGCACAGCAAGCAUUUGUAUUUGGGCAAAACUUAAGAGACAGAGUUAAGUUGGGAGAUGAAAGUGAUGAAACAGAUGAUGUACAGAAUGCUGGGCUUCCAAGCUUGGAAACACCAUCGGCAACAAACUACUUUCUGCAAUACAUCAGUUCCAAUUUAGAGAACUCAACAAACAACGCAGAUGCUUCCAGCAACAAAUUUGUAUUUGGGCAGAACAUGAGUGAGAGAGUCUUGAGCCCACCAAAAUCAAAUGAAGCUGGUACAGAAAGUAGCAAGGAAAAUGCUGCUACAGAAUCUGGCUCUGAAUCUUCUUCACAGGAAGCUACUCCAGAGAAAGCUAAUAAUAUUUCAGAAUCACUGGCAGAGUCUGCAGCAGCCUAUACUAAAGCAACAGCAAAGAAGUGUUUACUGGAGAAGGUAGAGGUGAUCACUGGGGAAGAAGCAGAGAGCAAUGUGUUACAGAUACAAUGCAAGUUGUUUGUGUUUGAUAAGAACUCUCAGUCUUGGGUGGAAAGAGGUAGAGGACUUCUGAGACUCAAUGACAUGGCAUCAACAGAUGAUGGAACGUUACAAUCUCGACUAGUAAUGCGGACUCAGGGGAGUCUCAGGUUAAUCCUGAACACCAAGCUCUGGGCUCAGAUGCAGAUUGACAAAGCCAGUGAAAAGAGUAUCCGUAUCACAGCCAUGGAUACAGAGGACCAGGGAGUCAAAGUUUUUCUGAUAUCGGCAAGCUCUAAAGAUACAGGACAGCUGUAUGCUGCAUUACACCAUCGGAUCUUGGCUCUACGGUGUAGAGUGGAACAAGAGCAAGAAGCUAAGAUCACAGCACCUGAGCCAGAGGUAACACAAUCAAAUGAAGAAGAUAGUGAUGAUGAUGUCAUUGCUCCUUCAGGAUCAGCUGGAAGUGGUCCUAAUGAUGAAGGAGAUGGGCAGAAUAUUGGCAGCACAUAGCAGCUGUGAGGCCAUCUGCCUGCAAGGCUGCUGCAAACACCAUCUUGCAGGCACCUCUGUGGAUACCCCAGGCCAGCGAUUGUUCCAGGCAGUGCUGAAGGCUCCAGGACUUAGGAACUGUGCAUCCCUGUUCUGUUUGUUUGGUUUUUUUGGUCUGGAUCAGUAGAUUCCACAAAAAAAGCAGACUUGGAAACUGCCUGAAUGUGGUUUGGGACAUGAAAGCUCAUCAUAUUGAUGAGCAGAAAAAUAACGUUUCCCCUUUUCCUUGUAAUUGAAAUGGCACAUUAUGACUUGUCACAGCUUUUCAUUGGGACCUUUUGACUGUUUCUUCAGUAGCUCAUGUUUUGCAGGCCUCUGAGAUAGAACUUUCCAGCACGGUUCCAACUUGAAUUCUUCUUUCUUAACCCCCGCUUCUCCCUUUUUAGUUCCUGCUGCCUGCAGAGAAGCUGUGCUCUUCUCUGUUCAUGCACUCACUGAUUACCCUUCUGGCUUCAUUCUCUUUGGAUUGCAGAGAGGGCAGCAUUUUUUUACCUUAAUCCCAAUGUAAUUUGUGGAUACCAUUGUCCUUCGUCGGUCGGUCUAUACCCAGAGGUUACAAAAAAAGUUGUCUUGACAGGAAAGCCUUGUACUGAGUUAAUAAGAAACUUUAAAGUUCACUGGACAUUUUGCUAACCCUUUUCUUCUUUCCCCCACUUCCAAUAUUAUUAUUUGGGGGUUUAUAUUGUGCUGAUACUUUUUUUAUUUUAGAUCUGAAUAAGAUGCUCUUGUGUGUUGAGAAAGUGAAACUAUUGUUUUGUACUGUUCUUUUCUGUUACUAUUUAAGGGAGAGCUAAGCCACUAUAAAUAAUAGGUGUUGCAUACAAUUUUUCAUAGUAAACUUAUGUUCUUGUGGCUGUGAUUAAAGCUUAGGAUGGCGUACAGAUCACACCUUCAGAACAGCUAAAACACAGCUGUCUGCCUUUGGAAGAAUGAGAUGGGCUCAUUUGGUGAGUUGGGUAAGCCAUUUCAACAGAUCUGUACACAAAAAAGCUGUUCUCAUUAAAGGUGUCUACACUGCAGUUAGACACGUGCACUGGCCCAUGCUAGCUGACAGGGGCUUGGGCUGGUGGGCUGUGUCAUUGCAGUGUAGAUGUCUGGAGUCGGGCUGCAGCACGAGCUCUGGGACUCCCAACUCGCAGUGUCUCAGGACUCAGGCUCCAGCCCAAGCCCGGAAGUCUACACUGCAGUGACAUAACCCCCCCAGCCUGAGCCUUGGGAGCCCGAGUCAGCUGGCAGAGGCCAGCUGCAGGUUUUAUUUGCAGUGUAAACAUACCCUCAGUGACUUGAGUCUCAGUUCAGCAAAGUACUUAAGCAUUGUGCCUAACUUUAAGCACAUGAGUAAUCUCAUUCACAUUAAGGGAAUUACUCUUAUGCUUAAAAUUAGCGCACAUGCUUGAGCACUUGCUGAACUGGGGGCCUUAAUGGGCAAAUCAUUUUCUAAACCUCCCUUUCCCUUUCUUGCCUCCUUAGGUUUUGCAGUAUGAAGAAUUAUUGCUAGCUUUGAUUAACUUGUGCUGAAGAAUGAUGAAUCCUGUUUUGCCAAAUAAAGGCAAAAAAGUGUUUUUCUGUGUAAUUCUGAAGGGUUCCUUGUGUAACCAGUUCAUUUUGCUUUUGUCAUUUUCUAACCUUUCAGCCUCUUGUGUCAAACUCACAAUGACUGUGUUUUAGUAACCAAUUGAUACAAUAUCUCAUUCCUGUCCAGGAAAGAUGGAAUACAUAGCCAGCUAAGAACAGUGUGUAGCCCACUUUCCUAUAAAUAGCCCCAUUUUAUUUUAUUUUCUCUUAUAAUUGCAUACUCUGUACAAAGUUUUUCAUUUAUAUUGGGAAGAUCUAAAAUGCAUCUUCAAAAAAAAAAAAAAAGAAAGAGGAAGAAGAAAUAUUUAGUGCAGGAAACCUUGAAAAUGGAAACCCAAGAGUUCUUGCAGCACAAAAGCAGCUGGAGAAACCAUUCAGAUUGAUUAAGCAGCCCUUCUAGCUUUUACAUUAACGAAAACCCACACUUUUAUAGUCAGGAGUCCAAAGUGUAUUUAGCUUGUUCUCUUUGUAUUUUUCCUGUUGUCAAUAGCUAACUGUUGCCAGGGGUUUUAGUUGCUUGUUUUCCUGACUUAGCCCAUUGAAGGAACUCCUGAUGUUACUCUUUCUGGGGGUGGAAAGGGCUCGGGAUUAGCUGUGCCACUGCAUUUGUGACCUCUCUGGAUUGUCUGCUCAUGCAGUCUGUGGGUAUUGUUAUUUCUCCAUAGAGGGAGUUGUAUCUUUUGCCAUGCACAAGCCGAUUGACGCUCUCUUUUCAUGCUCCUCACUAGUAGAAAUCUGGCAGAUUUUUAAUCCUCUGCAAGUGUUUAUCUGCCCCACACACUUUUGGGAAUUCUUUGGUUUGCAUUAAGUGAUCUUCAUUUCUUUUGGACCUUUUUUACAUGGAUAGUCAAAUGAAUUUAAAAUACUCUCUUCAAAUAAACUUUCAAAGUAAA